CACCUGGAUGAUUUCGUUAAUGCUGUAUUCCGGAAGUUAAAAACAAUCAACUGCACGCACACUGAUUCUUAACACAUUUUCUGAGUUUAAUAGUAGCAUAGUGUCGGCCAAUGCCUGAAUUCUUUACGUAAUUUACAAUUUUCUUGAGGCGUAACACAAUCAAGCAUAUCCUUCUUGUGUUUACUAAUCUACGUGCACCAACUAAUUGAGGUAGGCCUAUUCAACGUGUAAUUAUAUGCUUCUAAUAACAUUAUUAGUCUUAUUCAGCAAAAUAAUCGGGGUGUCUGUUUUUGUAUGCUUGUUGAUUUGUUAAUUCAUUAAAAUUUCUCUGCAAACCUGGACCUCUUAUAGCGAUGAGAUGCUGAGUUGAGAAUAGGCUACUAUGGGGGAGCCUACUUUCCCAGUCCGUCACAAACAACGUGCACCGUACCCUGAGCAGGCAUUCGAAGGUUACGAAAAUGUUUUUAAAAUGUAGAACCGGGCAAUCGAUAUCACCUUUCCUUGAAAUUAUGUUUUUUAGACGAUAGUAUCCUAAGCCAGACGCGGUUUAAUUAAGAAUCCAAUUACAAAAAAAAGAUGUAGGCCUAUAAUAGCCAUAUUUGUUUUAAGUUUUUGGUUGAAAUUAUGUAAUUAGUCCACCUCAUGUAAAUUGAUUAUUUUCGGUUAGGAUUAUAUCUCCAUCACUACACCGUGUGAUUAGAAAUCGUUAUUUUAGUUAAUGUCAAAGCAUUGGCUUAAUAGGUAUGCAGCAUAUAUGAAUGAAUAGAUUAUUCGUGUGACCUUAAAUUGUCUUAAAGGUGUUUAAAUGUGUCAAAGUAAGGGAAUUGGAGCUUGAUGUAACUGUAAAUUAUCUUAAGGUUAAGUCCAUGCUCAUCCUUUAGCUUUGAUUUUUUUUUCAUGUCAAGCAAAGAGAACAUGCUAAACGCUCAAGAUGUCCUUUGUCAGUCUUUGAAUCAAUUUCAAGUCCGUGUUCUAGGUGUCGCUGUUGACCACGUCUGCUUCCUAGUUAUGAGUCAAUGCUUCCAUGUGAUGGGAAAAGAGGCUGCGUCUCAAGGCCAUUUUCACAUUUCAUUGGUGAGCUUGUCAUGUGGCAGAGAGACAUCCUAAGCAACACCGACAUUGUUUUGCUAGAAAUGUCAGCCUACAAACGACAUCUCUCUCCUUUUAAAACUGAUCCAAAAUGUCCUUUCCCAACAGCUCUCCUGUUGCUAAUACUUUUUUAGUUGAUUCGUUGAUUGGCGCUUGCAGGACUGACAGCUUUUACUCCAACAGCAACAUGUACAUGCCGUCCGGUGCAGAAAUGGGAACUUACGGAAUGCAAACCUGUGGACUCCUGCCGUCUCUCGGUAAACGAGGGGACGUCAACCACCAAAAUAUGGGCAUGAAUUUCCACCCUUACAUACCUCAAAUUGAUAACUGGACAGAUCCCAGUAAACCUUGCGGAAUAGAGCAACCGUCCAACCAAAUGCCCAAUUGCACAUUUUCACAAAACAUUAAGGAGGAGAGUCAUUGCUGCAUGUAUUCCGACAAGAGAGCGAAAGUCAACUCGUCCGAUGUCCCUGUAUAUGCUAAUAUAAUCCCCGAAUCGUGUUCAGUUGAUGGCCCCGAGAUCCCUGUCCCCGGGUAUUUCAGACUAAGCCAAAGCUACGCGAUUGGGAAACACCAGGACUAUGGCCACGAGACGACAAGUCCAAACACCACAUUGAUGCAGCUCAACAGAGUUACUCCAAAACCGCAGUUGUUUUCCUUUGUCGAACUGGAAAAGAAAACGGCCGAGGUACCGCAUAACCGGGAGACCAGCAAGACACCCAUCCCCGCAGAAAUCCCGGAUCCAACGUCGAGCGCAAAGCGGGAGAAGAACUCCUCCACUGAAUCUUCAGUCUCCAGCCCAGAGUUGACACAAAGAGAAUCUAAAGUUGAUAACAUUUCAGACGGCAAAACUGACCCUCCAGCUAGCAAUUGGUUGACUGCAACAAGCGGAAGGAAGAAAAGAUGUCCCUACACGAAGCACCAGACGCUUGAAUUGGAAAAGGAGUUUUUAUUCAACAUGUACCUGACUCGAGAGCGCCGUCUAGAGAUCAGUAAAGGCGUUAACCUCACGGACAGGCAAGUCAAGAUCUGGUUCCAAAACCGCAGGAUGAAGCUCAAGAAAAUGAGGAGGGAGAACCGAAUUCGGGAACUUACCUCAAAUCUCACAUUUUCGUGAGCUUGCUUACGAGAAGCUUGUUUUAUUGUCUCUUUCCUCUCCCCUCAAAGUGGUGGUGUGGCAGCAUCGGACUUUUUUGUUUUUUUCACCGAAACUGGGACUGACUGCUAUUUUAUUUUCAUAUUUACACGGUGACGCAUUGUGUAUUUUGAAUAUGUUUUAUCACAGGGUAAAAUAUAGUAUGUAUCCAUUAUUGGACUGUUUGGUUUGAUUGAGUCUGAGGAAAAUGUCGAACGAGCGACUUGUUUGGAAGAUCAUAUUUUCGGACAUGAAAGCACAUUUAUCAAUAGUGGUUGAAAAGUAAAACAUUCUUUCAGAAUUAAGCGCAAACCCUUAGCUGAAUCGUAAUCACAUAAACGUUUAUGUAGCAUAAAUGUGGUGAGCAACGUUACUGAGUGUCAAUCUUACGCAUGUUUGUGGCAUGUAUCAUGCAAUAAAUUGAUGAUUGUUAAAUGCAAUUUCUUAUUUCGGUGCUUUGUCUUGCAGUAGACGUAUACUUUUUCAUCUAUACAGAUUUUACAUUACAUUUUUGUCACUUUGCAAAUUCUCUUAUCAAGAGGACUUACAAUUAUGCAUUCAUGUAUAUCAGAUGUAUAAAUAUAUUAAGCAAAACAGAUAACUAUUUCAGAAAUGUGUACGAGGCCCUAACGUUCUUUUAGUUCCGCUAGAAUGAUUAGUGACUGGACCAGUAGCUUCAAAUUGUUAACGUGCCUGACAUGAAGAAAAGGAAUAUUCAAAACAAGUCUCAUUGCGGUACACGUCAUAUCUUAAACAAAAAUCCCUAUUAUAGCGUUGGGCUAUUGUGCAACAUGAUUUCGGUUCAGCUGUUCGAGGCCUAAUGGGUCUAGGCUAUAUAUUGACCAAUUAUUUAAUUAUGACUGUUAUUAUUAAUUAAUUGUUAGGCCUAUUGUCAAUUAGCAUUCAGAAACACGCCUGUAAUUGAAAAUAAACGGUAGCUUGUAAAAUCGAGUUGUUUUGUGAAUAAGCUAUCCAAUUGG